GCUGCAUUGAGUUGCAUCAGACAUGCCUUGCAUCCUGCUGCAUUGGUCAGUCGCACACUGCCAGCAGGUAAGCCAGCAAGCUCAUAAAUAUUCAUGACCCAAACGCCAAGUCACGUGUGAAGCGCAGGACCACUGAGCCAAGACCAAUAGCAGGCGGCCUCAUCGCCAUCCCCCAAAAUAUAGCCAGGGAAGCUGAGCUGUGAGAAUUCCUUGUUGCCAUCGGAACCGCAGAACAUUUCGCAACAAAUAAAACUUCACGAAGCCGACUUAACAAAGAAGAAGAACGGUGAUGCGGUUGUACUUGAAGGAAUUUGGUCUCGGUGUCGGAAUUUUCUUUGUGUUCAUCCUUCUCAUCGCACACUUCCGGUCACGGCGAGAUGAAGAUGAUGUACCUGGUUCUAGGCGACGUCAGGCACGCGCCCCAAGGACAGGUGGCGCCACCAACGCCAGAACUUCCGGUCGGAGCGAGACCUCGUCCAUGACUGGCAGAAGAGCAGCGGAUGGCGCCGACAUGAAGUACACAGCUGACGUUACAGGCGAAAAAAAUGAUGUACAGAAAACCCAGACAAAAGUCAAGUCUUUCCAGAAAGUUCCAGUCAAAAUUAAGUUCAAUGGGGCGAGGAGUGGUUCCGACAACAGCUAUGUGUACCCCCAGUGGUAUUCGGACUCUGUGGUCAUGUCACCGACGUAUGGACACGAGGAGGACUUUGUUGGUUCAGGUCCUCUGUUUCCUGUUUGCCCGAAUGCAGAGAAAGCCAAGAAAGAAUUUCAAGAAAAAACAUUCGGAUACUUAGAAGAAGUAGGGGAAUUUAUUCCUGGUCUUAAGAAUCCUUGCUGGAAGGACGCAAAGAACAAGUUGAGGUGUUUGCCUUACUUUUAUGUGGCGGGUAUACCGAAGUGUGGAACUACCGACCUCUAUCACCGCAUUCGUGAACACCCGGACAUUGCUAGGGGUCAGCUCAAGGAAUACCACUGGUGGGACAGACUCAGGUACGGCGCCUCCAUGGAACUACGAUUCAAUGAGGAGGACAUUCGUAACGGAGAGCCAGUAGAGUUUGAAGUGUACAGCAACUUGCUGAUGCUGGAUGAAGAAAGAGCCAGACUGGAAAGCGAACUCCGAAAAACAGGAAAAUCGGACUUUAUUAUUGGUGAUGGGUCUCCGGCGUAUGUCUGGGAAAACUCCAAGUGGCAAAUGUUCCAGGGCAACGAGGGAUGUAGUGAACCGCGCAUCGUGACAGGGUCUUUCAUUGCACACGCCUACCCUGAGGCCAAAAUAUUCCUAAUAUUCCGACACCCCACUGAAAGGUUGUAUUCACGUUUUUUAUCGAGGAUUAAGCGUGUUCCGGAUUUCCAGGGUGCUACACCGAAGAUGUUCCACAACUUUGUAGUCAACGCUGUUAAGGUGUACAAAGACUGCUUCAGGAAGUCGUCUGUACGCAGUUGCGCCUACAACUUAACGGUCUACGAUGAAGCAGUGGUACGAAUUGUCGAAGGCAUGUACUCCGUGUUUAUAGAGGACUGGCUCCGCAUCUUCCGUCGAGACCAAAUUAUGUUCAUCCGAAGUGAAGAUUUUUCCGAAGAUGUGGAGUCGCACAUGCGCAGAAUAUUUGCUUUUCUCGGCGUCGCCCCCUUGGACUCGGCAGUGAUGGAGCGAAUGGCAAGUCGAGCGUCGGUCAACAUCGGCAAGAUGUACCAGGAGGUGGGUCUGAUGCUGCCAGAGACCAUCGCUGUUCUCAACGAGUUUUACGACCCCUUCAUCCACAGAUUUGCGGAACUGGUGCAAGAUGAUAGAUUUUUGUGGAAGGAUAUAGUUGUGACACGAUCGCAGGCCAUGCGAAGAGGCAAGGAGGGUCGUGAGGUCAACCACUCCUGUUGUGAGCAAAUCAUUGCGGGGCUAAAGUGCAAAUUCCUAGGAUGUGAUGGUUUCCCCAAAAUGGCUUUGCUGACUGGUCACAAAAUGCGUUUCUUCAAACGCCAAGUGGUGGUGGUGCUGGCGGUGGCCAUGGCCUGUCUCUGUCUCAUCCUCACCCUCAGUUCCUCAGCUCUGUCUUACCAGACUGACUACACUGUGCACGAGGAACCCGUCAAGGAACAUGUCGGUGUCGGAAUAACUACCGAAGAGGCUGAGUUUAAAACAUCGGAAACGCCGGAAGGAGAAAAUUCAAACAGCCUUGUGGAGGUCAAACAUUUCAAAUCUUUCGAAAAGUCGUGGUCACGGUCUGCUGUGUACGGCCUGCAGGACCAGUUUGUGGACGACAAGCCUCUCUUCCCGUCUUGUACAAAGAAGUCCAUCUCAACUCCCUGGCGCCCAUUCCAGUUCGAGGAACCCAGACAGUUUCUGCCCAACACCAAGAACCCUUGCUGGUACGACAAGACGCUCAAGUGCGCACCUUACUUCUACGUGCCAGGUGUGGCGAAAGGUGGCACCACCGACAUCUUCAGGCGACUGAGACUUCACCCUGACGUCAUGCAGGGUACGUCCAAGGAGUACCACUGGUGGGAGCGAGGAAGGUUCGGGAACAUUGACCCCGAGGAGGCCGAAAGAAAAGCAAAAGAUGCUGAAUCCUUUUAUGAAUACCUGGACAAGGUGACUGGAGUGGAAAUAGAUCGAGUAUCUGAUGACCUCAGGCAGCAAGGAUAUUCACAUAAAGUAUUCGGUGAUGGAUCUCCUUCAUACCUGUGGGAUGUCCACUACUGGCAUUUUCUGGAAGGAAACCAAGGGUGCAGGGAACCCCGGGUGGUUGUGGGGCAGCACAUCCGUCAUUUCUGGCCUCCAGCAAAGCUCAUUUUUACUUUCCGACAUCCCACACCAAGACUUUAUUCCCGGUUUUGCUCGCGCAUCCCCCGUGUUCCCUUUUUGAAGAGGGCGACUGCACAGGAUUUCCACAAGUUUGUAGUCGACGGGGUGCGGAAGUACAAGGACUGCUUUGCCCGAUGGUCCAUCCGGCAAUGUGCUUACAACACGUCACUCUUUCAAGACGUCACCACUCGUCUAUUAGAAGGCAUGUACCCUAUCUUCAUGGUUGACUGGCUCCGCAUAUUUCCCCGAGAACAGAUGUUCAUCAUGCGCUACGAAGACUACGCCACUGAUGUCAAAGGAAAGAUGCGGCAAUUAUUCGAGUUUUUAGACUUAGCUCCACUGAAUGACACUCAGCUGCAGGCUGUGGCAGACAAUGAAGAAGCCAAUGUCGGGAACAUGUACGACAAGAUCGGGCCAAUGCUCCCUGAAACAGCCGCCAUACUAAACCAGUUUUAUGAACCAUUCAUCCACAAGUUUGCUGAAAUCCUCAACGACAAACGAUUUCUGUGGCUUGAUCAUUCAUGAUGCGUACAGACUGUGGUUUGUGUUUCAGGGGCCGUAGUGAAGGUAAGCCGUUACCCGGGGUGGGGAGGACUGGCAAAAUGGGGAAAUCAAGGAAAAACUUCUCGUCUCCUUAGUUACGACUGACUGCUUUAUGUUAUUUUUUUUCCCCCGAAAAGUCGUUUCCACUACAUUGUAACAAUGGUUCCGCAAGGUCUGGGUAUCGCUUUAUAACUACAGAGAGUUUGGUGUUGUUGAUUUUGGGAGGGAAACGUGCUUCCACCUAAAAGCGAUUUCGUACUGUUAACAUUGGAGACAGGACACUUCCCUGUUUGCUAUCCCCGAGACAACGACUUAUCCUCACUCCGUGAAUACGGCCCCAGAAGUUUAACCGGUGAUUUAUGUGAAAAGGUGAUGUCUUCAUGUUUUAAUGUAAUCUAUCCACAAAGAAACUCUGAAGGAAUAAAUAAUAAUAUACUAUAAUAAUACAGACAGUCUUUUGGUGGGGAUGAUGGGGUUGUGGGAGGCAAAGAGUAUCAUUGUUGUUUGUGAACUAAAACUCGCACCAGAUUCUGACCGGAAGUGAUUCCAACGUUUUAUUGACAAUGACAUUGUCUCCCUUUGUAUUCUCUUUACUCCAGAAUUUUUCUGGAUUCGUCACAGUGAAGUCUAAUCUGUAUUGUACUUAUCAACAUCAUGUGAUUGCAGUGUAUUUUGUCAUUGAUAGAUGUAUUUUGUGGCGCCCUUCCUACCCUACAGCGAGACACGUUCUUCCAGUCAUAGUUCACUCGACAAAGCGGUGAAAUUAUUUAAUUAUGAUGUAAAAGCUCGAUUAAAAAUAUGUUGUUAGCAUUCUUUAAUCUACUGUUCGAUUGCUGGGUGUGACACAGCUGCCUCUCAACUGCUCGCACGAGGCUUGGCUUUGUAAUAGAAUUUGUCAACAGUUCUUGUCUAUAUGUCAUUCUGUAUUGUUACUGCUGGGGUCCCCGAGGACUGCUUCCAUCGUGUAAUAAAAAAAAUCCACAGCUUUGCGCAUGAUUAA